AUGUCCGACAGCAUCCCGUUGAACCCGGUACGGAAGAACUCGAGGAGGAUCCCGUAUUACAACUCAGCCAGACUCUCAAGAUACUCUUUAGAAGAUGAGCCCUCUAACCUGGACGAGAUGCCUCUGAUGAUGUCGGAAGAAGGCUUUGAGAAUGACGAGAGCGACUACCAGGCGCUGCCCCGGGCCAGAGCCAACCGGAGAAAGAGAGGCCUCGGCUGGUUCCUCCUAGGAGGAUGGAAAGUCCUCUGUGGCAGUUGCUGCGACUGCCUCGCCCAUAUAUGUCGGAGGAAGAAGGAGCUGAAGGCCAGGACGGUUUGGCUCGGCUGUCCGGAGAAAUGUGAAGAGAAGUACCCCAAAAACGGCAUCAAAAACCAGAAGUACAACAUCUUCACCUUUGUGCCUGGGGUUCUCUACCAGCAGUUCAAGUUCUUCCUCAAUCUCUACUUUCUGGUGGUGGCCUGUUCCCAGUUUGUGCCAUCGCUGAAAAUCGGAUAUUUGUACACGUACUGGGCACCUCUGGGCUUUGUGUUAGCCGUUACAAUGGUGCGAGAGGCUGUGGACGAAGUGCGACGCUACCAACGGGACAAAGAGAUGAACUCUCAACUCUACAGCAAGCUCACAGUGCGAGGUAAAAUUCAAGUGAAGAGUUCAGACAUACUAGUUGGGGAUCUGAUCAUCGUUGACAAGAACCAAAGGAUUCCUGCAGACAUGAUCUUCCUGAGAACAUCAGAGAAAAAUGGUUCAUGUUUCAUCAGAACUGACCAGCUGGACGGAGAAACGGACUGGAAACUGAAGGUCGCCGUCGGCUGCACACAGCGACUACCUGCAGUGGGGGAUCUCUUCUCCAUCAGCGCCUACGUCUACGCCCAGAAGCCUCAGCUGGACAUCCACAGCUUCGAGGGGAACUUCACAAGGGAAGACACAGAUCCACAGAUCAACGAGAGUCUGAGUAUUGAGAACACUCUCUGGGCCAGCACAGUCGUCGCAUCUGGCACGGUGAUAGGGGUGGUGAUCUACACAGGCAAAGAGACCAGAAGCGUACUGAACACAUCCUCUGCCAAGAACAAGGUUGGCUUACUGGACCUGGAGCUGAACCGCCUCACCAAGGCCCUGUUCCUGGCCCAGGUGGUUCUGUCUAUCGUCAUGGUAGCGGUGCAGGGGUUUGUGGGUCCUUGGUUAAGCAACCUUUUCCGAUUCAUUGUGCUUUUCUCGUACAUCAUCCCCAUCAGCUUGCGUGUAAACCUAGACAUGGGGAAGUCGGCCUACGGCUGGAUGAUCAUGAAAGACGAAAACAUCCCCGGCACUGUUGUGAGAACCAGCACCAUACCGGAAGAACUGGGCCGGCUAGUCUACCUGCUGACAGACAAGACAGGUACUCUGACACAGAACGAAAUGGUCUUCAAGCGGCUGCACCUGGGAACAGUAUCCUACGGCACUGACACCAUGGAUGAGAUACAGAGCCACAUAAAAAAGUCAUACGCACAAGUGACCUCCAAGCCCUCCAACGGCGGCACCGGUGACUCCACUCCAUCGAGGAAGACCCAGACGCCGGGCCCGAAAGUCCGUAAGAGUGUCAGCAGUCGCAUCCACGAGGCCGUGAAAGCCAUCGCCUUGUGCCACAACGUCACGCCCGUCUACGAGUCGCACGCCAUCGUGAACGGAGAGACGGAGUCCGCUGAGGCCGACCAGGACUACAGCGAUGACAACCGCACCUACCAGGCCUCCAGCCCGGAUGAGGUGGAGCUGGUGCGGUGGACGCAGAGCGUCGGCCUGACCCUGGUGAACAGAGACCUGACCUCCCUGCAGCUGAGAACUCCUUCUGGACAGCAUCUCUCCUUCCACAUCCUGCAGAUCUUCCCCUUCACCUCCGAGAGCAAAAGGAUGGGCAUCAUCGUCAGGGAGGAGGCGACAGGAGACAUCACUUUCUACAUGAAGGGUGCUGAUGUUGCCAUGGCGAGCAUUGUCCAGUAUAACGACUGGUUGGAGGAAGAGUGUGGGAACAUGGCCAGAGAAGGCCUGAGGACGUUGGUGGUGGCCAAGAAGUCUCUGUCUGAGGAGCAGUAUCAGGACUUUGAGAACCGCUACAACCAGGCGAAGCUGAGUAUCCAUGACCGAGGCCUGAAGGUCGCAGCUGUGGUAGAGAGCCUAGAGAGGGAGAUGGAGCUUCUGUGUUUGACCGGUGUGGAAGACCAACUGCAAGCAGACGUCAGGCCAACGCUGGAGCUGCUCCGGAACGCUGGCAUUAAGAUCUGGAUGCUGACGGGGGACAAGCUUGAGACGGCUACGUGCAUCGCCAAAAGCUCCCACUUGGUCUCCAGAAACCAAGACAUCCACGUCUUCAGACCGAUCUCGAGCAGAGGAGAGGCCCAUCUGGAGCUCAACGCCUUCAGAAGGAAACAUGACUGUGCUCUGGUCAUCUCUGGAGACUCCUUAGAGGUGUGCUUGCGGUACUACGAGCACGAGUUUGUAGAACUGGCGUGUCAGUGUCCGGCGGUGGUCUGCUGCCGCUGCUCCCCGACUCAGAAGGCCCAGAUCGUCACGCUCCUAAAGCAGCACACAGCCAACAGAACCUGUGCCAUAGGUGAUGGAGGAAAUGAUGUCAGUAUGAUCCAGGCUGCAGACUGUGGUAUCGGAAUUGAAGGAAAGGAAGGGAAGCAGGCGUCUCUGGCCGCAGACUUCUCCAUCACUCAGUUUAAGCACAUCGGUCGGCUGCUCAUGGUUCAUGGCAGGAACAGCUACAAGCGCUCUGCGGCGUUGGGUCAGUUCGUCAUGCACAGAGGCAUGAUCAUCUCCACCAUGCAGGCUGUCUUCUCCUCCGUGUUUUACUUUGCCUCUGUGCCCUUGUACCAGGGUUUCCUCAUGGUUGGGUAUGCCACCAUCUACACCAUGUUCCCGGUGUUCUCCUUGGUUCUGGACCAAGAUGUGAAGCCAGAGAUGGCUCUCCUCUACCCAGAGCUUUAUAAAGACCUCACCAAGGGGCGUUCAUUGUCUUUCAAGACUUUCCUCAUCUGGGUUUUGAUCAGCGUUUAUCAAGGCGGCAUCCUCAUGUACGGCGCGCUGGUGCUGUUCGAGUCGGAGUUUGUGCACGUGGUCGCCAUCUCCUUCACGGCGCUCAUCCUGACCGAACUGCUGAUGGUGGCGCUGACGAUUCGCACCUGGCACUGGCUCAUGGUGGCGUCCGAGUUUUUCAGCUUAGGCUGCUACCUGGCCUCGCUCGCCUUCCUCAACGAGUACUUUGGCAUAGGCAGGGUGUCCUUUGGAGCUUUCCUUGACUUGUCGUUCAUCACGACUUGGCCUUUCCUGUGGAAGGUGUCCGCCAUCACGCUGGUCAGCUGUCUUCCUCUCUACAUAAUCAAAUACCUGAAACGCAAGUUUUCCCCACCGAGCUACUCCAAACUGUCCUCGUGAGCCAAACGUGGAUUACUUUGUUUUGUAGUGCUUCUCUGAGCUUUCUAUUUUCAGCACUUUUUUUUUUUUUUACUCACUGAUCCUCAGUGACGGACAGGUAAGGAACCACUGGAACCAAACGGAGAGAAAUUUCUUUGGAUUAUGUCACUGAGACUUGGGAUUACUUGAAAAAAAAAAAAACAACGGAGCACAUAAAAAAAAGACUAUAAAAGGAUGGAUUGACUCUCAAACGAAGGGCAAAACAGUGCAAGCGACUGCA